AUGCCCAGGAAGAGGAGCUGGACUGCGCAGCGAGACCUGGCUGUUAGCGGGGAGGCGACGCUGCCGCCGCUGUUCUGCGCUGCCGUGCCCUGCGCUGAAGCUUCUCCAAAAUGCUCUGUUCACAGGCAGCCUGCUUCUGCGAAGUGGUACGACCGAAGGGACUACGUCUUUAUUGAAUUUUGUGUUGAAGACAGCAAAGAUGUUAAUGUAAAUUUUGAAAAAUCCAAACUUACAUUCAGUUGUCUUGGAGGAAGUGAUAACUUUAAACAUUUAAACGAAAUCGACCUUUUUAAUAAUAUUGAUCCAAAUGAGUCAAAGCAUAAAAGAACAGACAGAUCUAUCUUGUGUUGUUUACGAAAAGGAGAAUCUGGUCAGGCAUGGCCACGGUUAACAAAAGAGAGGGCAAAGCUCAACUGGCUCAGUGUGGACUUCAACAACUGGAAAGACUGGGAGGAUGACUCAGACGAAGACAUGUCCAAUUUUGAUCGCUUUUCUGAGAUGAUGAACAACAUGGGUGGAGAUGACGACGUAGACUUGCCAGAAGUAGAUGGGGCAGAUGAUGACUCACCAGACAGUGACGAUGAAAAAAUGCCAGAUCUGGAGUAAGGAAAACUGUUGUCUUCAGGGUUUGGGGAAAGAACUUCAUCACAGCAUUUCAUAAUUGAGAUAAGAAUUCCUGAGUUGAUAGCCCGACAGGGAGAUCCUGCAUCCUUUAACCCAUUUUCAGUCCAUUUUCAAUAGCUUCACUGAGGGUCGGUGUGUACCAUUGCACGGGGUGGUCGUAAGCCACGAGAGGCAACAACGUUCUGCAUGAGCCCUUCUCCAGACUUCCAAAACAAACCAGCCCCCCCGCCGACUGAGGUGUAGGCAGCCGAUACCCCACGGUCGCAAUAAAGUUCCCAGAGUCUC